GGCCCGGGGGCGGCGCCCUGGGGGUGGCUCAGUGCCCGGUGCCCCCGCUCCGCGCCGUGCGCCCCGGCCCCUGGCAGGCGGGAGGCGGCGCAGCAGCAGCUAUCCCAGGAAUGCGCUGAAGAUGGCGGCCGGCAGGAGAGCCCCGAAGAGCGGGCUGCUGGAGCUGCGAGCCCCGGGCGAGCAGUGGCUGCGAGUCCUGGUCACUCUGGCCGAAGACUUCCUGACCGUGAGCCCCGGCAAGGGCGCGGGGGCAGAGGAGCCGCCGCCUGCCCCGGCGCAGCUGAACGGCGGGGAGCCGUGCGCCCAGGUGCCCGAGUCGCUCACCAACGUGAAGCGCACGGUGCGGAUCGUGAAGCAGGACGUGGGGGGGCUCGGGAUCAGCAUCAAAGGCGGCCGAGAGAAUAAAAUGCCUAUCUUGAUUUCCAAGAUCUUUAAGGGGCUGGCUGCAGAUCAGACAGAGGCGCUGUAUGUAGGAGACGCUAUCCUCUCCGUCAAUGGGGCUGACCUUUCAGAGGCGACGCACGAUGAGGCAGUGCAGGCACUGAAGAAGACUGGCAAGGAGGUGGUCUUGGAGGUGAAAUACAUGAAGGAGAUCUCACCGUAUUUCAAGAACUCCUCGUCCGGGGCGACCGUCAGCUGGGACCCCUCGCCGGCUGUCUCCCUUCAGAAGCAAGCCUCACCCAUCCUCUCCCUGCGAGACCUCAAGGAAGGGAAGAACAUGCCCCUGAAAAUGUGCUACGUGUCAAGGAAAUGUCUCCCCAGUGACCCAGAGAACAGGUACCUGGAAGUCUGUUCGGCGGAUGGGCGGAUUCCCCUCUUCCUGAGAGCGAAAGACGAAGUGACUGCCCAGUCCUGGUUCAACGCCAUUCACACCAACGUCAACGCCCUGGUGCCCAGAGUCAAAGAGGAGCUGAGAGCCCUGCUGGCGGCAGCCGGCGUUGCAGGGAGCAAAGAGAUCAAGCACAUCGGCUGGCUCACUGAGCAGCUCCCCAGUGACAGGACGAAGAACAUCCUCACCAUCCUCACGGAGAAGGAUCUUCUGUUCUACGGCAGCCUCCCACAGACCAGGGAUGCCCUGAAUAAGCCAACCCACAGCUACCCUCUCAUCGCUACCAGGCUUGUGCACUCUGGCCCAUCCAAGGGCUCCCACCUCUACGACUCUGAACUCUCCUUCGCCUUGCGGACAGGAACCAAGAAGGGGGUGGAGACACACCUGUUCAGCGUGGAGACACACCGGGACCUGGCGAUGUGGACGCGGAUGCUGGUGGAUGGCUGUCACAGUGCGGCCGAGUUCACGCAGGAAGUCUCAGCGGCCUGCACAUGGAAUGGGCGGGACUGCACCUUGUCCAUCCACAUCGACAAGGGCUUCACCAUCUUCACCACAGAGCCCGGCAUCAGCAGGACCAUCCUGCUGCAGCAGCCCUUUGAGAAGCUGCAGAUGUCCUCUGAUGAUGGGGCUAAGAUGCUCUACCUGGACUUCGGCAGCGCAGAGGGAGAGAUUCAACUGGACCUUCACUCCUGCCCCAAAACCAUCGUCUUCAUUAUCCACUCAUUCCUAUCUGCCAAAGUGACCCGGCUCGGGCUGCUGGCAUAGGGAUCCAGAGAGAGAAUUCGAACCCCACAAGAUCUAUGCACUAUGGCAAUUCCCUCCUGGCCAACGCCAAACGAAAGCCAUUCAGACAAGAUGCGAAUGACUGGGUAACACAGCCACAGCCAAGGAAAACCACUCAAUGUCCAGGACACCUGACAUAAUCCCUGUCACUGCUGGGUCUGCCUCCUGCCAGCAACGAGACAGAAGGCUCUGCUCCCAGCCCGUUUGUAGUGGGCGUUCUCUGCAGCGUCACUCAACAGCUAACGACAUUCCCACUUUGACAGCAGCACUCAAAACAAGCUUGAAAAAUACCCAGGCAAAACAAAACACCCCCCCAGAUACACUGUCACUCUAGUGCCUUGUGAGAUGAUAUUUUCUGUACAAAGAAUCAGUUUGUAUCAAUGUUUUAUAUUUAUAUAGCUCGGUUCAAAGGCUCCCCAUAUUUUAAACCCCCUUUAUCAUAAAAAGAAGCUGUAGAUUAGAUACUUAAACAAACAUCUCUGUUCCCCAGAGGCCCAUUUUGGAAACAACUGGUCUGGAGACCUGAGCCAACUUUGUAUUCUUUUGACAGAUGUGAACUAGAGAGUAUGAAGUAUAUUUGCUGAUUUAUUCAACUCUGUAACUAGUUAGAAGAGCCAUAAUUUAAAACCCUUUUUAUUCAUUAGAUUUGGAUGGUUAUUUUUCUUUUGCUAACUCCCAGCCCCUUGAUAAUUUUAUUUUUUGGUUUAAUUUUUUGCGGAGGAGGGGCUGUCAGGUAGGGAGCAGGAAAACAAUUUGUUUUAUGAACCAAAAGUUCAUGCAUGAAAAUCUUUUUUUUUCUUUUGUGAAAUAAACAUCACAACAAUGCCGGA